CAAAUCACCAUAUAUAGAUCAGUUCCAAGUUCCAUAGCUCGAUAUGCACUUCUUUGAUCUUGCCCUGGGGAGAGCCAUGGCGAUGGGUUCGUCAUCCCAAGAAUCAAGGAAACCCCAUGCACUUGCACACGCCGUGUGCGUCCCCUUCCCGGCCCAAGGCCACAUCAACCCCAUGACCCAGCUCGCCCAGCUCCUCCACGCUCGCGGCGUCUUCAUCACGUUCGUCAACACCGAGUUCAACCACCGCCGCCUCCUCCGCUCUAAGGGGCCCGACUCGCUCCGGAACCUGGAGAACUUCCGCUUUGAGACGAUCCCAGAUGGCCUCCCGCCGUCAGACCACGACGCGACGCAGGACCCCCCGGCCCUCUGCUACUCGACCCGGAAGAACUGCUUGGGCCCUUUCAAGGAAUUGCUUGCCAGGAUCAACAGCGACGAGGCUGUUCCGCCUGUAAGUUGUGUGAUAGCAGAUGGGGUGGCGAGCUUCGCCAGUAAAGCUGCGAGAGAGCUUGGAAUCCCAGAGGUACGGUUCUGGACUGCCUCGGCUUGUGGGUUCAUGGGUUAUUUGCAGUACAGAGAGCUUGCUAACAGAGGGAUCGUUCCAUUCAAAGAUGAAGACUUCCUGAACAACGGGACACUCGACGAUCCUGUUGACUGGAUCCCCGGCAUGAGAAACAUCCGACUCCGGGACAUCCCGAGCUUCAUACGCACCACGGACCCCAACGACAUCAUGUUGAACUACGCAGAAGAAGAAGCGCAGCACUGCCUGAAAUCAUCUGCUAUCUUGUUCAACACCUUCAAUGAGCUCGAACACGAAGUACUGGAGAAAAUCGCAGACAUGUCCCGUCGAAUUUACUGUACCGGGCCGCUUUCCUUCCUCGUCCAGGACAUUCCUUCGAGCUCGGUCAAGUCUUUCAGGUCGAAUCUGUGGAAGGAAAACUACAGCUGCCUCAAAUGGCUCGAUCAAAGGGAAGCCGAGUCGGUUGUGUAUGUGAACUAUGGGAGUGUCACUGUCAUGACUGAGGAACACCUGAGGGAGUUUGCCUGGGGGCUUGCAAAUAGCAAGCACCCAUUUUUGUGGGUGGUCAGGCCUGAUGUUGUAAUGGGUGAUUCUACAAUUCUGCCUCAGGAGUUCCUGGAGGAAGUGAAAGACAGAGGGUUCUUGACGAGCUGGUGUCCGCAGGAUCGAGUCCUGAGUCAUGGUUCAAUUGGCGCUUUCCUAACGCACUGUGGGUGGAAUUCUACCUUGGAAGGUAUCUGCGAAGGGGUUCCUCUCAUUUGCUGGCCGUUCUUUGCCGAGCAACAGACAAACUGUCGGUACGCAUGUACAGAUUGGGGGAUCGGCAUGGAAGCGAACCAAGAAGUGAGGCGCGAAGAGAUAGAAGCUCUUGUUCGGGAAGUGAUGGACGGGGUCGGCGGGAAGAAGCUGAGGGAGAAUGCUAAGAAGUGGAAAGAGAGAGCAGUGGAAGCCGCUGGUCGCGGAGGGUCAUCGCACAACGACUUCAACAGAUUCAUUAAGGAGGUUGUCCAUUUGAAUGAUUAGGUUAAAAACGAGUUAUCACCAUAUUCCCAUGUCUGCCAGAAAUAUAUUGAAGAAAGAAGAAUAAA